AUGCUCGCCCUCACCAGCUGCACCGGCAAACUAGGCAAAGCAACCCUCAACGCCAUCACCACCCACAACCUCAUUCCCCUCCACAAACUCAUCAUCUGCACCUCUUCCGAUACCCAAGAUGCGAGAUGGGCCGACCUAAAAGCCCAGGGCGUCCAAGUCCGCGCCUUCAACUUCGACACCCCGGACCCCGCAGCAUUCAGGGGCUGCACCAAGCUCUUCCUGAUCUCCACCCCCAACAUCGCGAUGGACUUCAACGAUGCUGCCCCCGGCCAGGGGAGAGAGAAGGCGCACGUGGGUGCUAUUGAGGCCGCCGUCGCGGCGGGCGUGGAACACGUGUACUACACGUCGUUGGCUUUUGGGUCCCGUUCGGGUGCUGGGGUGAUGAGGGCGCACUUGCGCACCGAGGAGUUCUUGAGAGGAUUGGAGGGGACAGGAGUGAAAGUGACGAUCAUGAGGGAAGGACUGUACAGCGAGAGCUGGCCGUUGUAUUUGGGGUAUUUUGAUCCCCGAGGGGAUGAGAGGGGUGAAGUGCUUUUGGCGGGUGAUGGGAAGGUCAGUUGGACGGCGAUUGGGGACUUGGGGAUGGGGAGCGCUUUGGUGCUUGCUGAUGAGACGGAGAGGUUUGCGGGGAAGACUUUUUAUUUGAGUAGGAGUGAGGGUGCGAGGUCAAUGAAGGAGAUUGCGGCAUUGGUGGCAGAAGCGAGGGGGAAGGAAGCUAGUGUGAGGAUUGUAAGGAGGGAGGAGUAUGUUGAGUGCUGUGUGCAGAGGGGUAUUGAGAGAGCGUCCGUGGAAUGGUGGUCGAGUACGUAUGCUGCGUUGGAGAGCGGAGAGUGUUUGAUUGAGGAUCCGACUUUGGAGGGGCUGUUGGCUGGUAAAGGGAUGAAGUCGACGCCUGUCGAGGAGACGGUGAAACAGAUGUUGAAGAAUUGA